AUGCUGCUGCGAAUCUACAUGGCGAUGUCGAUGAUGGCAUUCCUCACGGAAACGAAAUUGUUGCGAAUCAAUGAAUGGCACACAAUGAAUAUUGGCGAACAGGGAUCGGCGUUGGUCGAUUUGCAUUUAUUCGAAACAUGCGAAAGAUUUUCGAUUGUUUUCGCGACGGAAAAACACGAGUUGACGAGAUUUCGAUUCAAAUUCGAUGAUGAUUUGAUCAGAAAAAUCGAUGUCGAUUCAUUGGAACAUGUGAAAAUUCCGCAUCCUCCUAGACUAAUUGGGUCCUGCCGCGAAAAUGCGAGGAAAGUGAUAAGAAUUGAUAUAAAUAAUGUCAAUGAUUCCACCGUGUUUCGGGUUGCUGAUCAGACAUUCCGGCGGCCGUUCGAGCAAAUCGCCGGCAAUAUGAGGGUCCCAAAUCGCCGUAUAUCGAUUGAUGAUAUUCGGCUGAUUAAUCGGACGAGUACAACGAAACCAAAAUUUUCUGGGUCUUGGACCCAUAUCGUUAACAAAGAGUGGUCAAUCACAUUCAUUUUAUGUGCAAUCGUAGUUUCUGCAAUAAUGCUUUUUAUGGAUCGUCUGUUCACGGAAGGGUGCGACUAUAACGGAACUGACGAGACCAUGGAAAUGCUGCCAAAAGAUAAUGUUUUCAGUGUUUGUCAGGAAUGGAAUAAUGGAACGCGACAUCUACGCAUUCCAGGAAAAACUGAUCAAAGAUUAUUGCCAACCAAUAUCAACAACGUUCUGUACGUCCUGUUUAGGAGAAAUUCCCAGUGUCAGAAUUUCUUGUUCGAAUCAACAAUGCAGUAA